AUUCAGGACUUGCGAAAAUCCCUCGCUCUUGUUCUGACUUUUUUAAAAAAUUUCUCCUUAUUAUAAUGGAUGGUAUUUCUUUUAAUAAACGAGCGAAUUUUGCUACGGCUUCACGUUUAUUAGCAAGUAUAAUAAAUGAAGAAAUCGUAAAUACCGUAUUUCUAUCAAAUAACAAUAAUAUACCAAAAAAUGAUUUCAAACAAAUUAAAACAUCCGGUGGAAUGAUUUUUGUUCUACCAAAUUUCAAAAGAACAAAUUUUAAUUAUGAAAAUUAUAUUAUUACGGUUCAAACUUUAAAUAAACCCAUGACAUCAUCUACUCAACAUUUUGAUAAAGUUGAAUUCAUUGAUCCAUGGGACAUGAUUUUUCCUGUUGGUAAAAUCAAAAUUAAAGAAAAUUUAUCAUUCCAAAAUAAUGAUGUUAAAUCGUCAAUGAAUUUCAUUUUUUCAUCUUAUGAUUCAAAUGAUUCAAUUGAAGAAAUUUCUGCUGUUGAAUUGAUGAGAAUAUUUGGAGUUUGGAUGAAUUUGGAAAAUGAUAUUUCCAAUCAACUUAUCGCGGAAAUUAAUAGUUCUGUUCAAUAUCAAGAGAUUACUUAUAAAAAUUAUAAACAUCAGCUUUCUUUGAAUUUCUCAUCAAGUGUUGAAUGGGAACAAAGUUUACUCGAAGGUCAUGCAUUUCAUCCGAUGCAUAAAGCACGUCAUGCAAUAUCGCCAAUUCAAGAAAUUUUACCAGGAUCGUAUGAUUUCAUGAAUCCAUUAAUUCGUUUUAUUGAAGUUCCACUUGACAAAAUGGUGAUUCGAGGUUCAUAUGAAAAAACAAUUGAAAAAAUCACGAAAUUGUUGCCAUCCCCACCACCUUCAUCAAAAAAUACAAUUUUAAUCCCAGUACAUGAAUUGCAAAUUCCAAAUAUUGAAUCAAAAUUUCCAUUUGCUAACAUUUUACCAGAAAAAUAUUCUAUUAAAGCAAAAAGUCAAGCAUCACUUAGAACUGUUGUUAUACCAGAAUUAAAUGAUAUAGCAAUUAAGCUUCCAUUGGGAAUAAAAGUUACUUCAGCAUUGCGUACUGUUACGCCUUGGUCAACUCAUUCUGGACCAGCACUUGGAAGUAUUAUCGAUAAACUUGAAAUUGAUCGUAAUUUAUUAAAAGUUUGUAAAGAAUUUGCUGGUGUUUAUUCUAUAGAAAAAGAUUUUGACAUUGCUAAACAUUCAACUUGUAUUAUACGUGAAGAUUUUAAUGAAUUGAAUUCUGAUGGUGAACGUGUUAUUAUAUGUGCUGCAUUAGUUGAAAGAGAUGAAUUUGGUAAAAGUGUAGUGGAAAAGGUUUGGAAUUUAGAUACUGAACAAAAAAGAAUUGAUUUUUUUGAUAGAUUCGUUUCGAUUUUGUUUAAAGCAUUCCUUCCACCAGUUUUCGUUAAUGGAUUUUCAUUUGAAGCUCAUCUACAAAAUGUUUUAGCAAGAUUUGAUUCAAAAAGUGGAGAACUUGUUGGAUUUGUUGUUAGAGAUUUUGGUGGUAUUAAACAUCAUCAGGAUACACUUUUUGAAAGUAUAGGAGAAAGAGUUGAUGUAUUAGAAGAAAGUUUUACUGAAGCAAAAGAUUUCCCAGAGGUUUAUAAGAUUUUGUAUCAUACAUUGAUACUAUGUAAUGUUCACCGUUUUGCUCGUGCAUUAAAUCUUCAUUAUAAUGGUAUUGGUUGGGAUAUCGUUAGAAAACAUUUCAAACAAAUAGUUCCACGGGAUCAUUUGUUAUAUAAAACAUUUCUUGAACAAGAUAAAUUUAAUUAUAAAUGUCUUAUGGAAAUGAAAUGUGAUGGAUUAUAUAGAGAUUAUCUAUAUAUACCAAAACCAAAUUUGAUGAUGUAUAAAGGAGAAAGAAUUGAAUUAAAUUAAAUUAAUUAUUAUUGUUAAUUGUUUCUUUUAAAGUUACAUUCAUCAAUAAAAAAGCUUGUAAUUUUUGCUUAACGAAGCAGUUCCU